CUCGCGCUUCUUUCGGCCUGCUCUCCAGCACAGCUAGUCAGAACCCGACCGAGCAGAACCUGAGUGGUUCCUAUACACCGCGACACCAUGUCGAGGAGACGCUGUUUUAUGCGCUGCGAAAAGAAAUUCCCUUUGUUUGGACUACCAAAGGAAGAGGAGUUAAGGAAGAAAUGGCUAAAUUUCAUUUUCAUCAGUACUCCCUCGCAGUUCAACCCGAACCUAUCAUUAUGUUCACAACAUUUCACCGAUGACUGCUUCAUGAACCACACACAGUUCGUCAACGGAUUCUCGCAACGUUUACAUAUGAAAUAUGGGGCAGUUCCCACUUUGUUUGGCGACCCGGAGAAUCCGCAGCCACAACCUCAGCUCAUCGCCCCUUUAGCCAGAUUCCAUGAUGUAGGAUGUCAGACAGACCCUCCACAAACCAUGUCAGUGGGCACUCGGGUUUUGAUACUUCCAAAAAAGAUGACAGUCGGCACUCAGCUGGCCUGGGGAACGCUGAAGCACAGGCACGUGAGAAGCAAAGGCAGCCAGACAGCAGAGUCCUCUCUCAGAGCUGGCAGCGAAACCUCUUCCAGUCACCCAGAUUUCCAUUUGCCUUCAACAUCAAUAACCACACCAGGCUUGAGGCCAAGAAAGAGGCCACGACUUGAGCUGGAGUACGAUGUGGAGGAGGAAGAAGAGGAGGAGGAAGAGGAUGUGUGGGACACUGCCCCAGAGGUCAAAAGUGAGCCCGAUGAAGCAAUGUACAGCCCCAUUGGCUCUGUUGUUACAGAGGGAUCUGAAGCGCCGCCCACGUACAGGGACUCCAAGUACAUCGUAUUUGAGAGCUGCCUCAAAGAGCUGUUUGACACCUGUCCGGUGUGCAAGAGGAGCUGUGACGUCCUGCGGCGGCGAAUGGGGACGUUCGUGGCAUUCACACAGCUUUGCCAAAACUGCACUUACUCCAGACAGUGGCAGAGCCAGCCUGUGGUCGGGAGCACCCCUGUCGGCAACCUCCAGAUAUCUGCAGCCACAUAUUUCACCGGGGCAUGCUUCUCCCAACUGGAAAAGAUAUGCAAGGCCAUGCAGCUCCAGAUUUUCCCAUAUGACACCUUCAGGAAGCAUGCUAGGAGUUUCUUGGAGCCGGCUGUUGUCUACAAGUGGAAGGUGGAUCAGCACAACCUCCUGCAGCAGCUGCACCAGGGUGGAAAGGUCGCAGUUGGCGGAGAUAUGCAAACAACGGGGAAAAAGUAUGGCAGCUACACUCUGAUGCACCUGGAGAGCAACCGCAUUGUGGACCUUCAGCUCGUUCAGACCAAUGAAGUGGGAGGUAGAAACCACAUGGAGAAAGAGGGGCUGAAACGAUGCCUAGAUGUUCUGGAGUCUAACUGUUUGCCAGUGGAGUACAUCGUGACCGACCGACGUCCACAGAUCCAGAAGUUUCUGAGCGAACGCAACAUCACUCAGUUCAACGACGUAUGGCACUUUGAGAAAGAUUUGUCAGCCAAACUUAAAAAACUGUCGCAGAACAAGGACUGUGGGGUGCUGAAGAACUGGCUGCACAGCAUCAAGAACCACGUCUACUGGACCGCAGUGUCCUCAACGUCAGGGCCAGAGAAGGUGGCCAAGUGGACUUCCCUGGUGAACCACGUGCAAAAUGUACACGAGCACAACGACCCCAUCUUCCCCAAGUGUGAACAUCCCGUCAAAGUGUCCCGGGAUGAGAGUAAAUAUGUCCAACCUGGUUCAAUUGCACUCAACAAAUUGGAAAAAGUCCUCGUCAACAAGACCAUCGUGGGGGAUGUGGAGAAGCUGAGUCAUCACAACCAGACUGCAUCCCUGGAGGCCUUCCACACACUGAUCCAGCGCUUCGUGCCAAAGAAUGGGGUUCUCCCAUUCAUGGAAAUGUUGUGCAGGUUGUAUUUGGCGGUCAUGCAUUUCAAUGAAAAUGCAAACCGGGAAGUGGUCUACAAGGUGGUGAUCCUGGAGGACUUCAAGGGGGAAUGCAUCACCAAGCCAGUCAAAACCGAGCCAACACACAAUUAUGUGGAUGACCUGAUGAGGCUGGUGUUUGAUGAGGUGCUGGAGGACCCAACUCCUUUUGUGGAGGAGUUAAAGACAAUCCCCAUCCCCGGGGACGGCUCACCGCAGCCUGAGAGGUCUUCAAACAAAGAAGAGGUUCCCCACAAUGUCUCCAACCAAGUGAUGUUAGGCAGCCAGCCCACUAACCUGCUGGUUCAGCAGACUCCCGGAGUGUCCGGAAUACAACCGUGGUUUAUCAUCCUGAACGCCCCCAGCUGACCGGGCUCAGGAUCAGACACUAUUACAGUACAGAUACUACUCUCUCUUCUGUGUUAAUAUGUAUAUAUAGCUGCUGAUUUACACAUGUCUAAUGUUCAGUUUUUCAACUUUCAAAAAAAUAAAUUCAUUUUGAGGGAAAAGUCA